ACGCGACGUUCGUCGUUGUUUUUUUUUUGUUGUUUUUUUUUUUGUGCACAGGUGAUGCGAUACGGGAAGUUGUUGUACAACAGGUGGAAUACCAUAGGGUGUCCCAAUAAUAACCGUCCUAUUGUUUAAAUUUCUAGUGUGUGUGUAUGUGGGUUCGUGGACUACUAUAAUAGAAAGUUUAUAUUAAUACAAAAAAUAUGGUGGCGUAAUGUGAACAACGAAGGGGUGUGGCACGAACAUUUGUGCGAUGUUCGAUAGUUGUCAAACGAUCAGUGGCGCCCCAAAAUGUUCGGAUGUCGCGGAGAAGAUCGUGCAAUUGUUCGGAUGGAGGCAACAGAGUUACAACGUGGAGAAGUUGCAGCGGAACGUCCCGGGCAGGUCCACCACCCGGAUAUCGAUAACCAGGACCAAAAACAAACGGGAGGACGGUAAAAAGAAUCCAGACGCGUGGGUGUCGGUCCACAACCUGCAGUCCCAAGGGGGCGGCAUCCUGGACCCGGACGACCGCCUCAACGACGUCGCCGACGACCGGGAGCAGAUCUUGGCCAGUUUCGAGGACGGCGACGGCUCGCACAUUCACCACGGGGGCGGCGACGGCGCUAGCGGCAGCUCUGUCGGUACCGGCAGCCCCGACCUCUUCCACGACGGCGAACAUAAAUACGGCCCGUCUUACCCCCGUACCGACAUCGAAGUGACCGGCGAACAAAUCGCCUCCGGCGGAGUACCGAGUUUACAAGUGCGCCGCGGCAGCGAACCGACGCUAAACCAAUUGCCCGCGGGCGGCCCUCCCGCCCCUCCGGACCACACGAAACGAUGGAGUGCCGCCCCUUUGAUCCUCGAACCGCCCAGUUCGGGAUACGCGAGUCCUCGCGACUGGCUGGAGGACUGCAGGGAGGAAGAUCACUCGGCCGCGGCCGGGUUCAAGCGAAUGGCGAGAGAUGGCAGCAAUCGGUUGUCGAUGCAGUUUUUGGGCGAGGGCGGCGGGGGGUACCGGUGGGCGGAGGCGGCCGAGAGGGCGGCUACAAAGACGCACACGAGUACCUCGCUCCCGAGGGAGAGCCGGAGGAAGGAACCGCUGGGGCAGGCGAAUAACAGUAGUAGUAGUCCGACCCCUGUCUGGGGAGUGGGGGAGAAGAGCGAUUUGGUGGUUAUCAGGAACCAACCGGGGCCACUUGGUAUCCACGUGGUACCGGACUACGAUGGCACCGGAAAAGACCGAGGACUGCUGGUUCAAGGGAUCGAACCGGGUGGCAGGAUCGACCGAGACGGCCGCCUAGCGAUUUACGAUAGAAUCGUCGAAAUUAACGGGCAAAACUUGAUAAACAUUCCGUUCCAGAGGGUGCAGGAAAUCUUCAAGAUGUCCCUCACCUCCCAAGAAUUAAGACUGAAAGUAGUGAAGGCCUCCGGGCUGGAGAGCUUACGCAAACCCCCGCCCCCGGUUUAUCCGAAUUAUCAAGAAAACCACGGGAUCAUGGUGGAGUGCGAACAAAAACGUACGUUUACCAUAAACCAUCCUAUUAAACCUUUUUAUUGGGUAAAUUUUCCAGAGGGUACAAACACGAAAGUGGCGACCGUUUCCCCGACCAAGAAAAUCCCCGCGAUAUCGAAGAACCUCAAGGGCCUAUUGACCGCGAACACCCGGAAAAUCGGCCGGAAAAUCGACAUCGAACUGAUAAAAGGCCCCCGGGGCCUGGGAUUUAGUAUCACCACGAGGGACAAUCCCGCCGGGGGAAAUUGUCCCAUUUACAUUAAAAACAUCAUCCCGGAAGGAGCGGCCGUGGAAGACGGCAGACUGAAGAUCGGGGAUCGUCUGUUGCAAGUGAACGAUGAAGAAAUGACCGGGAAAAGUCAAUCGGAGGCGGUGGCGAUUUUACGGAAAGUACCGCCCGGUAGUAAGGUGAAAAUCGUCGUGUCCAGGCAGGAGGACGUCCCGGUUGGAACCAACGGAUUACCCAGGGUCAUCGGCAUAGAGGAGACGGACGAGCACGAAGACACGCCGCCCCCGGUGGCGGCCGAGGUGCCGCCCAAUAUUCCGCCCCUGCCGCCCAGCCACCUCCUGCGUACGCCCGAAAAACAAUCGGGAUCUUCCGUCGCCAAGAUCAUUUCGCAAUUCCAGGAGGCCUCCGCAAACGUGAACAACCCCCCCGAAAAGAUGGACAACAACGGGAUGAUGGUGUUCCCGUGGAAACACCGCGAAAUUCUCACGUUCGAUAUUCCCGUACACGAUUCGGAGAAAGCCGGUUUGGGGAUUAGCGUGAAAGGGAAAACUAGCGAGGCCGGUGACUUGGGAAUCUUCAUAAAAAGCGUGAUAAACGGGGGCGCCGCCUCCAGAGACAAAAGACUGAAGACCAACGAUCAGCUGUUGAACGUGAACGGCAUCUCGCUCUUGCAACAGUCGAACAGCGACGCGAUGGAAACGCUGCGGAAAGCGAUGUUGCACACGGAGGGACCGGUACCGGGGAACAUCACGUUAACCAUUGCGAGGAGGGCGUCCUCUCCCGGCUCCUCACGGAACCGUUCCAACGAGAGUUUACUUAAUAUGUCGCAAAGUUCUCAGGAACUUCUAUACAACUCCCAAGAAAAUUCUAACGAACCAUCAUCGAACCGGAGCGGAGACAAUUCAAACUCGAACGCCUCCAACGGUUCUACGAACACCGUCAUUUACAAUCCGAACCAUCCGAGUAACGGCACGAUCAAUCAUCCGCAUCAACAACCGAUGAGCCCGAUGCAUACCUGGAACCCGGUUUUGGAAAGGCUAACGGGGAAACCCCAGUUGCGUAACGAGAGUUACUAUAAGGCCACCCACGAUACCACUUGGAACAAUAAUAGUUCCUUCGGGAACCACGUGGUGGUCAACAUGAGUAAUGGAGAACCGGUUUUGAUUGAGGACGAUUACGGCGGUUCCGCUAGGAUGGUGCCGCUGCAACAUCAGUCCCAGAUCAACGUGCACAUAACCAACAACAGCAACAACGCCCCGGAAAGUAGAAAAGACCACGAGCCGGACGGUAAGGCGAGCCUCAACGACAAAACUUCCUCGUCACAGUCGACCAUAAACGCCACGGACGCCACCUAUGCCAGCCAGUUGAGUUUGGAGAACCCUCAAGGAUUUUCUCGGGACGCUUUUGGGCGUCAAAGCAUGUCGGAGAAACGACACGCCACCUUGGACGCGAAAAGUACCGACACUUAUCAGAAAACGAAGAAAAUGCGCGAGGAACGGAUCAAGAAAGAAUCUAAUAUAGUGCGAGUAGGCUCGGUGGAAUCGGUCAUAAGCGUCAAUCGGUCAUCGGAACAUCCCGAGUACGCGGACAAGUUAACGGAACUAGGCCCGUCUUUGGGUAUGAAAAAGUCCUCCAGCUUAGAGUCGUUGCAAACGAUGGUCCAAGAGAUUCAGAUGCAAGAAGAGAGCGAUCCGGCAUACAGCUACCGGAUAUCCUCGAGCGGUUUAAAAGUGAUCAGGGGCAAAGGGUGCGAGGAGAGCCUGAGGGCCGCCGUAGCGGAUCCGAACCAUCGAAGCGAAAUCGGUGCCAAGAAGCAUUGGCUACUAGACGGACCGGUGGAGGAGCGGGAAAUCGACGGAUUUAGUAACGCACGCGGUGCCCCCAGGCAAUCAUCCCUAAACGCCGCCCUGGACAACAAAAACAAACCGGGCAAAAAGAAACCGGGAAUUUUCAAGGGGAUCGGAUCGAUGUUCAGGUUCGGGAAGCAUCGUAAAGUGGAUUCGGGGGAACCGGUGCAACAGUACAGUCAGAAAACCGAGUUCGAUGCCAACGCGAACGUGUCUCAGUACUCGCACGGGUCUCAGAACGAGGAUAAUCAGAGUCAUCACUCGCAGGGUUCGCAUAACACGGACGCGGGACAGCAAAAACUGAAUUCGCAAGUAGAAAAACCUCAACAAGACACCAACCAGCAGCAACCGCAAGGGUACCACCAACAGCAACAGCAACAAAGAGAGCAGCACAUCCAACGGGAACCGAUUUACCAGAGACACGGCUACAGACACGUGGAGCCGGUGCAAGUGAUCCCGGAGAACGCGGUGGCUCCCCCUCCGGCGGUGAAGUACCGGCAAAAUUCGGAUCCGCGAAGAAACGAAAUCGGGCGGCAGCGAAUGGGCGUCCAGCGGCACACCUACUACCAACAGUCGGAUGAUAUUUACGGACGGCACCAGCCCCAACAGUCGGCAAGAACGGAACCGCAAUACGGCGAGUUCGGACGUCCGGGCAGCAGGUCGGGCAUCACCGAAUCCCCCACCGUCCCAUUCACCCAUUACGUCAAUUACAGCGAAUUACAAACCCACAUGAGCCGGAAAGACGCGUUGUCUGACAGUCAGAUUGUGCAGAUGCGUCUGCAGGUGCAACAGCAAAGGUUAAAGGUGGAGGAAGAAAGUCGCAAACAGCACCAGUACCACUCGCAACGUCAACCGCGUCCCGACAACCAACUGCGCCCCAUUUCCAACUACUACGAGUACGAGUCCGUGCAGUCGGUACUGAACAACCGGCAGGUGCACGUGGUGCGACAGCAGAACCAAAACGUCCAUCAAAAUCCGUACGACGUGAAUUCGAACCCGCAGGGCAGACAACAGAACAGGCAGCAGACUGCGGGACACAGGGUGAACAGUGGGCAGCAAAUGGGGAGAGCGGGGGGCCAUCGGGGGCCCUUCAUCACCCAAGUGACCAUCGGGGAGCACCAGAAAAACGGGACUAAAGUAUGAACUGUCGUGUACGAUUGUUAAGGUCUAUUUCGUCUGUGAUUCGUCUUCUGAACGGUUUUCCGGAAUUUUAUGAGAAAAUUGAUUGGGUGAUCGGAGUAAGGAUAACAGCUGUCCUGUCUGAAGCUAGCUUAACUAGAGGGGAAGUUACUGUAUGUAGCGCCUUCGCCAUUAUGUCAAGAAUAUACUAUCAUUAUCCCACGUUAAUCCAUUUGACCCUGAAACUAUAUUUUUCCGAAUUUGUAUAUUUUUUUCUUAAAAACGGUCAAUAGAAGGUCCCAUAAGUCGAGAAAAAAUCAUGUUUUUCCAGUUUUAGAAAAAACGGCGGUCCUUUUAAAAGGACGGUAUGAUAAAGGGCUACUAUUAGAAAAAUAAGUAAAGACUUAAAAAUAUGUAUAUAUAUCGUACAAAAUGCUUAGCAAAAUACUUAAAAACCAAUUUGUAUGAUAGUCCACAAAACAGUUUUUUGGGUGAAGACCAACUGCACAUUUUUGGCACACAAAAUUUACUUUUUUGUGGCACACAGCACAUUUCCGCUGACUCUACUCGUGAUAUGUAACUAAAUGAUCUAGUCUAUCGUAACGUGAGAAUUGGAAUGCAGUUUUUGGCAAUUUCGAAGGUCCUCUCUUAGUUGUUUUCCUGUACGUUUCGAGCAGCUGUGUCCCUAGGUCCCUUCUAAACUGAAGUUGGUCAAGAGUACCACCAUUAUUCCUGUGGAGUUGCCACGAGUUUUGUGAGGCCAUGUCUACACAGUGGGAAAAUACCACUUUUUACCUCGUACUGAAACUCGAUAUUGGCUUAUGUUUUGGUCACUACGGUCUACACCUCCCAUAUUUUCGUGAUCAAUUGAGGCUGAUCUAUAUAAACAUGUUUUUUUUCAGACUGUGAAUAUCGUUUGACCUUAUUUACUGGCAAAACUGAACAUGCAUUGGUGGCUAAAGUUGGCGUGGUUUGGGUCUUAGCUCAAUCUUGCUCAUUUGUAAUUAGCCUUUGGUAAUUAAUAAAAUAAAAUGAUUCAGAACAAAACAAUUUAUUUAAAAUUUGACCGUCGUUAGAACCCUUGUAAAGUUCUGCAUGCACUUACAAUGGAUCAAUAACUUUAUUGACCCCAAUUCAACACUGUAUUUCACUGUAAGUUAGAUAGGUUAUCCCAAUCAGUACAUGCUAACCAAUCUAAGUUUUCAAGAGUCAGAGUCAAAGAAGAAGAACCACUGGGAAUGUAAAUGAGUGACGUCAAAAAACACUGUCCACUAAGACAACAACUAUAUCUACACAAAAGCAUAUAGCUGCGAAAUUUAUUUUAUGGCGAGAGAAAUUUUUACUGUGUAAAACUGUAAACUAAACAAUAUUGUCUCAUUAAUGCGUGAGAAACAUAAUUACUAAACUAUGGGGUAACAAACACUGCGAGCUACUAACUAAUUGUCUAAUUGUAAACAACGUGACGUGUGCGUAUAAGGAGAGCAAAACGUAUACUACUUCUUCUUAAAAAACUACUAUUACGACUACGGUGACAAUUAAACCUAAAAAACAUAAGACCACAAUCGGUGGCCGAGAAGAAAAACAGGGCGGAAUCUAUUUUUAAACCCAAACGCAGGAUGCUGCGUUGUCACAUUAGUUGUUCACUGCCGCAUCGCUAAAUGGAGAUUGUGGGAUCCGGUUUUCACGUAUAGUAUCAGUUGCCUUGAUGUUCCUCAAUUUUAGACAAAGAUGUGAAAAAAUUGACAAAAAAUAUGUGAAAGGGCUGAUAAGGCAUUUUCUGUAAAACAUCUGCAUACUGGAGAAUAACUGACGCUCCCAAACUCAGGUGUUUAUAUUUGUCCGCAAUUGUUGUCGACGCACCUUGGUUGGGAUCAAAAUAAACAAUGUAUCCAAGGCGUAGGGUACCUACCCCAAAUGAGCCUACGGUAUAUGGCCAAAUGAUAUGACCAUGAUACCUACGGUAUCAUGGCCUCAUCGAGGCUGUGAUUUUGGAGCAUAAUCAAAAUUUUUUUAUUUAGGCUCCUGAAAAGGGGACGCAGUUUAGAGUACUUGUCUUUUUUAUUAUCACUGCAAUGAAGAUUACUCGUUAUGAAUUGAAAUCUAUCUCUGGAAAUAGCGGCUAAUAUAAGUUUAUUCUGGGUAUCGUUGCAACUUUGCCAAUACAUAUGUCGCCUUGGAACAGUUGUAUAUCCACUGACAAGUAACACCCCUAUGAAGCAGUACAUCUCGUCUGCAGUAAGGUUUGCUGUGCAUAAAUAUUGGUAAAAUUGAUAAUUUCUCCUAGCAAGUUCUCGUCAAAGAACAGCUUGAAAUUAUUUCCAGGGGAACGAUUGCUUUGUGCAGUUUGAACUGAUUGCCAUUGCAUAAACGUAGACUCUUUCCGUAAAUCUUUAUUGAGAGUAUAGUCAAAUGUCUUUAUGUGUUUAGGUCGCCUUUCAACAAAAGUGGACAGUGAUAGAUCGUCAUCACUGUCCCAGUCGUCUUCACCUUCUACGUUAAAAUGCAAUUUCCGCCGGGGCCCUUAGUUGCACUCCGGGUAAAUUAUUUGGUACUACAUCGUCUUCAGCCCCCAGAAUCUUCAUCGGUAUCGCAGUUUUCGGGUGGAAAAAUUGUAAUGCCUGUAGGAAUGUCCGACGUAGAGUCAUUCUCCAAUUCCUCUAAGAUUUCUGCCAUGGUUAGUGUAGUAUAUAAUCCUACCGUCCUUUUAAAAGGACUCGUUUAAUUGAACGCUCCUGGAUUGAUCAAGAAGUGUGAAACAUAAACCACAAAUAUAUAAAAAGGUGAGUAUGUUAUGUUAUUUGUUAAAAACAAUCAAAACAAGAACGAAAAGAGUUUUAACAUAUCUCACCUUGAGUCACUCAUUGCAAAAUCACUAGAAACACAGCGUGUUUUAUUCGUCACUAUCGAUUCAAAAAUUAACAAAAUCCUAAUCAGAAAAAUACAGGUUUCUUUUUGAAAUCCUUUUAAAAGGACGGUAGGCGUAAAUGUGGAUGUUAUCCUUCGUCCAAUCACCCAUUCAACUACAAUAAUACAUUUAUGUGAUAUUUUGAGCUGCUCGUGUGUAAUUUUGUCCAAAUUUUACUUUAUUCGUCUGUCAGGCUAUCGUCUACUUAAUCUUUUAUUAUAUCGUCUAGCAUAAAUUGUGCUCAUAAUUAAUUAUAUUUUUUAGUAUUAUUUUAGGCUAUUGCCAUAAAAAACAAAUUUUUAUAUUUACUAAGUAACUAAAAAUGUAAAUAGGCAAUCAUAUUAUUAUUAUUAUAUACAUCCAUUUUAUAUGUAAAUAAUGGCAUAUUUUAUAUUGUACAUAAUAUCAUUCCUAAGAAACAAUAAAAGUAAUGUCUAUAUACAA